AUGGCUGCCGGCGUCUCUGCACCGUACGGCGGAUACCUCUGGCUCGUCUGGGCUCUCAGCGUCGCCUCGCUCGGCCUCUCAGCCGCCCUCCUCUCGAAGCACUCGGGCCCGUACCCCAGCCACGAGUGGCACGGCGUACUCAUCCAGAACGUCUUUGCUUGGGCUUGGAACGGUCUCUUCCUCACCAUCCUCGCUCCCGCCUCGUUCGUCCUCAGCCACACCAUCUUCUUCGGCGCCGCGAGCCAGUUCUUGAUCACCUUCGUCGGCUUCCUCCAGGCUAUCGUCGGUCUCGGAUCGAUCACCGGCCUCACCCGCAAGUACGGCUACCCGGAGCACACGCAGCUCUACCGCGCCUACCUCGGCGUCGGCUGGACAGCGACGUUCCUCCUCAUGUUUGCUGCGCUCUGGGCUGGGUUCCACUACGUCUCGGGACAGGCGACCGCGGCGCCGCCCAAGAAGGAAGAGGAGGUCCACUUCUGA